AUGAAUGUUUUCGUUUCUCGCGAACUAAAACAGUCAGAUAGGGAUUUUGCAAUAUCGGAGAUAGAAAAAGAAUUCCAUGGGGCAUCUAUUAUAUCAGAUGAAUUUACAAGUUGUCGAUUUCGAAUUGUCGGAAUUUCUGAAUUUGAACAACAUGUAUCAAAAAAUCCACCUCCUUUGUCUAUCACCGCGCUUCAAAAUAUAGCAGAAAAAGGAAUGACUCUCAAGGAAAUAACAAUUCCUGAUUGCGGACUGAUAAAUUUACAUUUAUACAACACACACGUCGCAUUUUCCGGAUUGAAUUGUAUUAUUCGUCAAAAAUACAAAGUGUUAGUACGCCAAAUGGGUGGACUUGUCGAUAACAGAUUAAAUAAAUAUACAAAUGUUCUAAUUACUAAUAAUUCACAAACAGAACGAACAUUAUUUGCUCAAAGACAAAAAAUUAAGUGCGUUUUACCGAGCUGGUUUGAUGAUUUACAGUCAUCAAAUGAAUAUAUUCCUCCAGACAAUCAUAUGAUUAAGUUACUAACAGGAUUAGUAUUCGCCUUCACCGGAGUACGUGAUGAGCAAGCUCAUUUCGCUCAUGUCAUUACCGAAAACGGUGGAAUUGCAUCAGAUGGCCUUACAACACAAACAAACUGCGUAAUUACAUGCGAAACACCAACCUCUACCAUUGCUCAGAUCUCAUUACGCAGGAAUCUGAUGUUUUUCUCUCCAGAUGCGAUCAAAGAAAUUGAAUCCGAGAGAAAUCCUCAACCAAACGCUCCACCAUGUGUUUCAUCAACAUUGUUCCAUGACAAGUCGUUCAAAAUCGACUUCAGAGAUCCGAAAAAGAGCCGCGAAGUUGGAAAAAUGAUCAGAGAAAACAGCGGAUCUGUUGGCAAAGGAAUAACAAUUUCUGACAGAGACGAUGGAACAGGAAACUGCAGAUCUAUUUGUUGGCUUGUGAGUUGUAUCGAAUCAGGAUCAAUUUUGGAUCAAAGAGAAUUUCCAUUAUUUAUUCCGCCAAAAAAUCCGAAAGAAAUGAAGAAAGGAACACUGAUAUCAACAACGGGUUUCACUGAUGGCCAAGUACUUCUCAAUGUAAUUGAGGGAAUAAAUAUGAUCGGUGCUGUUCACUCAAAAAAUUUGACAAAAAAGGUGUCAUAUUUAAUAGCUAAUAAACAGAGUGGAAGUAAAUACGAAAUGGCAUUGAAAUGGGGAAUAACAGUUGUUAGUGUUGAUGCUCUUGAGUUGUGGGCAAAUGAUGGUGAUGAUGCUGAUUUAAGUCAAGUAAUUUUGGCAAAAAAUCAACCACAAAAAGUGACAACUCAAAAUAUAGAAGAGAUCAAAAGAGUUGCACAAAAUUUCAUCUCAGACGAAUCUGAUGACGAUGAAUCAUUGAAUCACGUAAUAUUGAGUAGACCCCUUAAAAUUGUAUCUGCAAAUUAUAAUCAAAAAAGUGACUUUUCUCAAAAAUCUUCUUCUAACAACAAAACUGAAAAAUCACAAAAAACUGACAACACAAAUAACAAAAGUGACAAUCCUUAUAAAAGUGACAAUUUCUUGAAAAGUGACAAUACUUAUAAAAGUGACAGUUUUAAGAAAAGUGACAAGAAGUUUAAUGAUGAUGAUUCUGAUGAUGGAAGUGUUGUUAUAGUUAGUCAGAAAAAGAGAAGUGAAAAUACACAAAAAAUUGAACCAACAGAAGGUGUGAAAAAAGUGAAUUUUCUGACACCAGAUACAACACCAGUUGAAUCACAACAACAACAAGGAAAUCAAGAACAAACAAUUGAUUUCCUUUCAUCAGAUGAUGAAGUUAUUUGUCCUGAAAUUCAGCAAUAUAUUUCACAAAGUUCUGGAACAUUUGAAUCAGAUCUUUCUCAUCAAAACACUCAACUUUCUCUUAAAUCUCAACUAGAUCACAUCAACAAACUCGAAGAAGAACAAAGAAAACAAAGAGAAUUAGAAGAAAAGAGAAAGAAAGAAGAAGAAAUCAGAAGACAACAAGAAUUAGAAGAAAGAAAAAGAAAAGAAGAAGAAAUCAGAAGAAGAAAAGAAAUUGAAGAAGAAAAAAGAAAGAAAGAAUUGGAAGAAAAAAGAAGAAAAGAAAUUGAAGAAGAAAAACGAAGAAAAGAAGAAGAAAUUAGAAAACAAAAGGAACUUGAAGAAAAAAGAAGAAAAGAAAUUGAAGAAGAAAAGAGGAAACAAAGAGAAAUUGAAGAAGAAAAUAGGAAACAAAGAGAAACUGAAGAAGAAAAGAGGAAGAAAGAGGAAGAACUUGAAAGAAGAAGGAGAGAAGAAAUAGAAAAAAUGAGAGAAAUCGAAGAAGAAAAGAAACGGAAGGAAUUGGAAGAAAAACAAAGAAAAGAGAAAGAGGAAGAAGAAAGGAAAAAGAAGAAAGAAAUGGAAGAAAAACAAAUGUUUGGAACAUUAAUGAAAGAUUUGAGAAGAAUGACAAAAACACCAAAUAACGAAUACCAAGAUAAACCUCAGAAAAAGAAAAUCAUCUCAGAAGAAGAGUUGACAAUGUUCACUCAGAUUCCGAGAGCAGAAAGUGAUGACUCUUACGAUGAUGUACCAAAUGACAUCGUUUAUGACAACGCUCACAAAGAGAAAGAAAAAGAUAGAGAUGACAAAGAUACUUUACUCGAUAUCUUGAAUAUGUCACAGGAAUGA